CCCCGACUACAUCCGGUCUCCGCAGCUGGUCGGCCACCAUAUUGGGGUUGCUCGCCGCCCGAGAGGCCUCGGCGCCACUUCUCCCUGCGGCCGCCCGAGGAGGGGACUGCCCGGGGCCGGACCCCGCUCCGACUCGCCAAGCUUCGGUCCCUGAUUAGACGGAGGAGAUCGCGGGCGAGGGGGCUGAAUUCGUCUUGAGGCCUUAGUAGCAAGUGAGAUCAUGGAGGAAAAUGGUGAAGAUGUGGCUUCUCUGGCGGCCUACAUUUCAACAGAUGGCAGCUACACAGAGACCGUGCCCAUGCCGAAUCACGGCACACUGACGGCUUCCUCGCAGGGCUCUUCCUCUGCCACUAAAUCAAGGCGCCAGCCUGUUUGGACUGACGAGGAGACCCGGGCCUUCAUCCAGGUGUGGGGUGAUGACGCGGUGCAGAGUGCCCUGGCAUCAAACUAUCGCACAGUUGCACAGUUCCAGUGGAUAGCGGAUGAAAUGCGAGCCCGGGGGUACAACAGGGAUUGGGAGCAAUGCCGCGAACGUGCAAAGGUCCUUCGACGGGGCUUCAAAGAGAUAGUGGAUGGGAACAGCAACGCUGGCCACGGACGCCGCGUGUGGCCUUAUUACGAAGAACUUAAUCGAUUUCUUUGCAUCAAGCAAAAUCUGGUCGUUCCACGGCUUUCAGGGAGCAACCCGAGGCCUCCUGUGGACCGCCGACGUCGCGAGCACAGAGAAGCGCAGGAUGCCCCCUAUGAGCCAUCCUCAGUAGGCAAGGGCGACAAAGGGACUUUUGAAGAGCCAGACGGGGACUGUUUGUUGUUGCCGGAAUCAGCAGGAUCUCAGCAGAACGAAGCCAACCUGGAAAACCAAGUGGCGUCUCCAGCAGCAAAUUCUGAUAUAUCCAUGGAUGGUAGUGUUGGUCCUGGCACUCCCACCGAUCCUUUGCCAUCCAAUGACUCAGUUUCUGCGCCAAAUCUGCGCCCUCGGCCCCUGACAGCUGCAGAGAGGAUGCGAAAUCUUCGUUGCCGGCAGAGAAAGAGAAGGGGGGAUACUUUGAAAGAGCUGAUGGAAGUCACCUCCCAGGCUACCAGCGAACUUGUCCGGACAUUGUCCGACCUUACACAUAAAGAAGUCGCUUCUUUUGAGCGUGCUUACAAGGAGGAUCUCGCGGCCCGGAAGGACGAGAUGGAGCAGAGCGCUGAGGACAUCGGAAGGCUUGUAAGCGCUCUGGAAUCAAGUGAUCAAACUCUGAAGGAGCAGCUAAGUAGCCAAACCAGCGUCUUACAGGGCAUCUUGGAGGUGAUGAAAGACAUACGGGGUAGAACGUCGUACAGUCCUCCAUAUCCAUCACAGUAUUACGAUUUCCCAGGCCCUAGCAUGAUUCACACAAGUGGUACUUCCUCCAAUGGCCAAGAGAUGCCAUGCCCCUCCCCUUCCAGCCUUCCAUUUUCCUCCCAGCAGUCUGCCACCAGCAAUGGAGAUGUCUCUCCCAGGAAGCGGAUGAAAUGAAACCGUGAGGCAGAGCGGCAUGGCUGAUUUAGUGUCCUGGUGAAAACCAGUUCUCCAGUUCUUUGUUCCUGUUAGGACACAUAUAUUGCUUUUCUUACUGCCUUUCUUCUUGCAUAGUUAGAACAUGUUCUCAUCCCCUUAUGUGUGUCUCCCCACAACUUUAACGUUGUGGAAACAGCUGCCAGCAAUGUACAUCUAGAUUUAUUAUUACUGUUUUUUUUUAGUGUACCUAUGUUAGUUUUCCUUCCAUCCUGUUUCCAAAGGAAUGCAGUGUUUGAUGUACAAGUAUAAUUUUUUUUCUAAAAAAAAAUACACUUAAAACACAUUACCAGGUACCUGUAAGAAGGUAAUCUUUUAAAAGUAAUAAAACUGCACUGUUGUUCCAAGUUGUUCAACAUGUGUUUUAUGGUAAUGUUUUAAGGCUUUCAGGGUUGCUAAGUUGGAUCAAAUUGGUGUGCUAAUUCAGCUUUCUGUCUUUCAAAAAUGACUGCCCGGUUAUCACAGAAAAGUUCACCAUAGGGAGUGGUGCAGUAGUCACUCAUUAAGAACGUACUGAAGUGCAAAAUCGAAUCUGCAUUUUAUGCACAUUUUACUUUUCCUGAAUAGUUGGGGUGUGUAUUUGUGGAAACUUGUUCCAUGCUUUUACUGCACUCAAAUGAGGAAGUUGACUGCAGCGAUGGGAAUUCUGCAAUGUAUCACUGGAGAUGACAAAAUGCUAUUUGAACAUUCCUCUCAAAGUGAAACAAAAAUGAACCACCCAGAUUGCUGAGAAGGGUAUGUUUUCUCCUUGAUGGGCUAGUUUACAGUACAAAAACAGCCUGAUUCAGAUUUGAUUCAGCCCCUGCGUUCUGAAGUGGUAUGGCCUCUUCUAGGACCUUGCCUCGUCUUCCUGCAUGUGUAGAUCAAACUCGAGACAACCAAGGGUCUCAGGGCACCUUGAAGACCAACAAAUGGACCAUGGACUGCAGUUCACUUCAUCAGAGGCAGAGAACAGGGCACAUCUAUUCCUUUCCCAGGAAUAUUCCUGCACUGGAUGAAGUGGAUGGCAAUCUGUGAAAGUGUACGUGGCGGGAGAAACCUGCUGUCAGUAUUUGAGACAUCACAAGGGCAUUCACUGCUUUUCCUGCUAAAGAUUAAGAUGGCUACUUCUGUGGAAACAGUUACCUAGGAAGUGAGUCAACUAAUUAGUUGACCGCCUGUCUGUUUCCUCAAAAUUCAGGCUAGAUGUGUCUGGGCAAGCUUUCCUGUUGAGGUCUGCAUUACCUCCAUCUACAGCUGGCAUUCCAGCUGUGGGAGUGGCCUGAGAUGAGAGUGGGUGGGACCUAAUCUGCAAGCCAAGAUCCCCUAUUCCUUGCCAGCUGUUCCAUAGCUAUCAGAGUUGAAUACCGUAUUAUGGGUGCUUAAGGAAUGUUUUUUGCAUUGACCUUUCUGCCCCAUUCCCCAAUAUUGUCAUGUGUAAUGUGAAUUAAUAAUAAUAAUAAAAAAAUCACCAGUCAAUUGCAAAAGGCAGCUUUAC